UUUCACUUCCACACAUCCCCUCCAGCCUGAGCAGUACGCAGGAAUAUAGGAAACUUUUCAGAGUGAACAAAAAUUGGAACUGAAAAAGGAACACUUGGAGAUGGAAGAUAAGAAAAUCGUAAAUGUGACCUCAGCAUGGUGGGUGAUUAAAAUCACUUACCUUCUGACGGCUAUGGAUCUGACCUACAUGUUUAUGCAAUUUGGGAUCGUGCCAUAUUUGGCAACUAACUUGGGUUUGGAUGCAAUUGGAUUUGGCUACUUGCAAACAUUCUUUGGUAUUCUUAAGCUUCUGGGUGGCCCCAUCUUUGGAAGGCUUGCUGACCAGUUUGGAACCAGAGCUGCCUUGACUCUUUCAUAUUUGGCUGGAUCUCUGUGCUUCUUGCUCCUCUCUGUAUCCUCCAGUGUCCCCCUGCUCUUUCUUUCCAGAGUUCCAGGCAUCUUCACUCAUGGAUUACCAGGUGCACAGAUGGUUAUAACAGAUUUGACAACUCCUGCCAAACGUGCUGAUGCUUUAGGAAAGCUUGGAGUUUGUUUUGGAAUAGGAGUAAUUCUUGGACCUUCCCUGGGUGGUAUCUUAACCACAAAGUUUGGUGUUGCUGUUCCUUGCUAUGUUGCAAUAGCUGGAUACCUUGCCUGUGCCCUGAUGGCCCUUCUUUGUAUUCCUUCCCAGACAAAGCCACAGUCCGAGAGAAAUGAAGCACAACAGGGAGCAUCCCAUUCCAGUAGUGUUUUUAGCUUCCAUGAAAUUAUUCGACUGUUGACACUUCCGGGAGUAAUGGAUGUUUUUUUAAUCAAAGUCCUUUCUGUAUUUCCUACAGGGGUGUUCCUAAUUAUGCUUUCCAUCAUAUCCAUCGAUUUCUUUGGUCUGGAAGUUGCACAUGCUGGGUAUUUGAUGUCCUACAGUGGAAUCCUUCAAAUGAUUGUCCAGGGCCUAAUAAUUGGAAGAUUAACCAGUCGGUAUACUGAGCGGUCUUUGCUUAUGCUGAGUGUUAUUGUUUUAUGUGGCGUUGGCAUUGCUAUGGUCCUGAUGACCAACGUCUUUCAUUAUUGCCUCAUUGUGCCCCCCAUGGUGUUUUCCUUCAGCGUUAUCGGUGUCAUUACUGAUAUCAUCCUGACCAAGUCAGUUCCUGUUUCCGACACAGGUGCCAUGCUUGGAAUCAGUGCUUCAGUUACUCCACUGAUACGGACAUUUGGCCCAACAAUAGGAGGAUUUCUAUAUAGACAAUUUGGGGUUUCCUCCUUUGGCUAUUUACAGCUAAUUGUGAAUGUAUCUCUGUUUUUUUAUCUCUUGAAGAAGAAGAUCCCUCAGAAAGAAGAAAAAACUCAAUAACUAAUUCCAUGUAUAUUGUUGAUAUAAAGAACAAAGAAAGCGCA